GUGGAUGGACAUAUUUUCCAACCAUUGUUUUAAACAAAUGAUGUAUUGUGUUUGAAUGAGCAGAAUCGUUCGUUACAAGCUUUACAGUACUUUGUGUGAAGACAGAAGUCAGAGGUACGCUUGCUGCUUAGGCAUUUGUACCGUACGAAAGGUGGGUGUUAAUCCUUGUCCAGCGUGAUUUACACGGAUAAACACCUGGGCCAAAGAAAAAGUAAAUACCGGUUGUAACUAUGGACACGUUGUACCACCACGUGUGCUUGUUCAUGUGUGUUGUAAUUGGACUGUUUGGAUGGGUGUCAUCGCAGACAUCGAAGGAGAUAAGAGAGAGUUAUUCCCUGCAACACGCUCUCGAUGUUCGGUUCGCAGAUGUGGACAAGAACGGCGGGAGAUCAGCUAGAGCCAUGCACACGGCGUUUGUGGGCAGCAGCCCAAGGGCUCGAGCACUGGGCUACAACUACCAGGAGCGCAUGUCCAACACAUUAAGGAGUAUCAAAAGGUUCCGUGGUUACUCUGGAGCCAUGGACCCUGCCAUCAUGAUGAAUACCCUGAUGCUUGGAGCCAAUGGGAUGUGUGCAAACAGAAGCUUUAUCUGUGACGAACGACACAAAUUUCGCACUUCUGACGGCAGCUGUAACAACAUCCACAACCCCACUUGGGGGAAGUCGUUCAUCCCCUUCAGAAGGUUCCUUGGACCCCAAUAUGAUGACGGAAUGCGCAUUCCACGUUUACGAGGUAUGGGCGGAAUUCCUCUUCCUAGCGCUCGCCUGGUCAGCACGACAGUCCACACGCCUGACGACAGUUAUCCUGUAAGCCGCAGCAUCACCAGCAUGGUGAUGCAAUGGGGACAGUUCCUGGAUCAUGACAUUACACUGUCGCCCAUCAGAACAGGGAUGAAUGGAAUGCCUCUGACGUGCUGCCCCGACGAUGUGCCACCAUUCAUGAGAACCACACUCGACGUCAGCUUACGAGACGGGUGUUUUCCAAUCCCGAUUCCACUCGGUGACCGCCACUUCCGGAGUAGGUGUAUGCACUUCGCCAGAUCUAUCCAGGCGGAUAACUCCAGAUGUUCUGGAAUACCAGCAGAACAGAUGAACCAACUGACGGCGUAUAUAGACGCCUCCCAGGUGUACGGGUCUACGCCGGAAGAGGUGGCAUCUCUUAGGAUGAUGGUCGGCGGUCUGCUGAAGAUGUCACGGUUUACACUUCUUCCACGAGACAGAUCCACCUUGGAGGUUUGUACGGACCAGUGCUUCAAAGCAGGUGAUGAGCGCGUUAACGAGCAGAUGGGGUUAACAAGCAUACAAACCAUCUUCAUGAGAGAGCAUAACAGAAUAGCCCUGACUCUCAAGAAGAUCAAUCCACAUUGGAAUGACGAACGACUCUUUCAAGAAAGCAGGAGAAUCAUCGGUGCCAUCUGCCAGAAGAUUACUUACAACGACUUCCUUCCUCGGGUGUUGAACAGGGCAACCCUGACACAAUACCGACUGAAUUCCCCAUCUAAGGGGUAUUAUAAUGUAUAUGACAAACUCAUUGACCCAAGCAUAAGGAACGCUUUCGCAGCAGCAGCCUUUCGUUUCGGACACUCCUUGAUAAGAUCGACUGUUAGUAGGAGGCGACAGGACUUCUCUGUGAAUCGUGUCGUUCGUACGCGAGACAUGUUCGGUAACACUGCCAUGGUAACCGCGAGCAAUGGGGAGGCAGUUCAUGAACUUUUAAGAGGGAAGCUGAUUGACAGGCCAUGCAGAGUGGACCGAUUCAUGUCACGGGAGGUGACAGAUUUCCUGUUCAUUCAAGCGAACUCCAGCCUCGAUCUUGCAGCUCUGAAUAUCCAAAGAGGACGUGAUCAUGGUCUGCCCGGGUACAUUUCCUUCAGGAGAUGGUGUGGAUUGUCAAGUGUGGUUAACUUCUUGUCGGCCCCGGGAGGACUUGUUGACCAUGAUGUAGAAACAACAAGACGACUUGCCGCAGUUUACAGACAUCCUGCAGAUAUCGAUUUAUUCACCGGGGGUCUGUCAGAACGACCCCUCAGAGGGAGUUUGGUGGGACCCACGUUAAGCUGUCUUCUCGCCCACCAGUUCUCCGCAUUGAAGAAGGGAGACAGAUUCUGGUUUGAACUGAAUCGUCCUCACACUCGCUUUUCUCCCGCCCAACUCCAAGAGAUCCGUAGAAGCAGCCUGUCUCGCCUCCUCUGUGACAACACCAACACCUUCCACGUGCAGAUAGACGCCUUCAAAACCAUAUCUGGAAGAAAUCCCCGUGUGUCCUGCUUCAGCCUCCCCAGGCUUGACCUCACAAAGUGGCAGGAACUCCACGGCGGCUUGCCAGGACAUGGUGUGUGGCCAAGAUGCUUUGUGGGGCACCAUCUCUUCCCAAUAGUGAAGGUGUGCUUACCCUGGGGUCACGGCUGCUGGGGGGCGGUCAAGCACUGGAAACCGUGUCACCCUGUAUUGUAACUAGGUUGAACGUUCGUGAGCGAGAAUAUGGUGUAAAACAUGCCACAAUGAGC